AUGGCCACAGGAGGCGCAUCCGCCCGCGCAUGCGGCUCCGUGGGGUUACCGGGUGCGAACCCGUACAAGGCAUUCUACUCCAUGGUCCGGUCUAAGCCGGUAACACUUUUGAAGCAAACUUUAUUACAGCAGCUGGCUCUGCACUUGCAACAGCUCCAGCAACAGCAUCCGCUACCCCCCGGUGCGGACGCUGCGCAGCAUUUGCAGCAGCUGCAGCAGCUGCAGCAGCAACAGGCGAAGCGUUAUCUGUCGGAUGGACCUGGCAAUGCCACUGUGCUCUUCGAGGCGGCCCAGCGUCGUACAGACUCGGAGGCUCUAGAAGUCACGCGUCUUUUGGUGGAGGAGUUUGGAGUCGCGGAUCCUCAGACCACGGAUCGUAUGCAGCAAACCUGUCUGUUUUAUGCGGCAAGGGAGGGCCAUGCCGAGCUAUGCCGAUACUUGUUAGCUCGGGGACUAGAUCCAAAUCUACGCGACUCCGUUGGUCAGACGUGCUUGUUCUAUGCGGCGCGAGAGGGGCGAACGGGCUGCCUGGUAGUGUUGCUUCAGGGGGGGGGCGAUCCUAAUGUUUUGGAUAUUAAUAAGCAAACCUGCCUCUUUUAUGCGAGUCGAGACAACAGAAUCGAGGCAGUGAAGGCUCUCCUGCAGGCUGGCGCGGACCCUAAUAUAAAGGAUACGCUGAGGCGCACAGCUUGGAGUUUUGCAAAGGGAAACAAUCACACACAGAUUUGCGCACUGCUCAAGAACGCAUCGGCUACCUUCAACCCUGUGACGCAUCACCCCUCACAGGCCCCGAGCUGCAGCAGCAUGACCACGCCUCUGGAUGCACAGCAGGUGCACGGGAGGAGCAGCAGCAGCCUAGGGAGUGCCUCUCUGGGGGGGCUGGGGGAGGACAUGCAUCCGAGGAAGAAGUACAGAUUGCAGUAUCAGCCGUUGCCUGCCGAGAUGCCCGACGUUUGGGUAGACUGCCCUCAUGAGAAGCUUGAGGAGUUCGAACGGUUGUUUCCUUCCCUGGCUGUGUGGCCCCCUGUCGCAGCCUCUGCAUCAGCAACAGCUGCAGGUGCUCCAGUGCCUUCAGGAAGCGACCCUUCUGCUCCCGCUGGAAGCUCUGGGGGGGGCAGCCCAGUGAUGGGGGGGGCGGUUGACUUGAGUGCGGCUGCAUGCAUUGGACGCUGCGAGGCGCUCAUGCAGCAGUGGCAAGGGGGUGCCCACGCGUUGCUAAGUGGGCUUAGCAAGUAUGAGGGGGCACACAUCUUCGAGAAACCUGUGGACAGGAAGAUGGCUCCAGGGUACUACGAUGUGGUGGUUGUCAUGCGUUUUAACGACUACGUGGCCGCGUUCAACCGCAUCUACGCGGGGUUGCAGCAAGUUGCGCAGCGGAAUGAACUACAUCGGCAGCAACACCAGCCAACCACCCAACAGAACUCUGCACCCCUCAAGACAGAACACGCAGAGGAGGGGGCACCUUCAGCGGCCGACCUGCCAUCUGCUGCAGCAGCGCCAACGGAGCCGUCAGCAGCGUGGGCAAGCACGGCUCUUCCCUCCGCUGCUGGGAUGUCUCCGUCUCUCGAGGCUGGGGGGUUGUUAAAGAGGAUUAACUGGAGCUUUGGGGUUGCGCCGCUUUUGGCAGUCGCGGCUGCCGUGCCGCGUAGAAAUGUGCAACCUGGGGAAAUAUUGACAGAGAAAAUUAGGGUCAUGCGCAAGUGCAUGCGAGGUUUGGGCGCGUCGUCCUAA